AUGUCCUUGCAAGAAGGUUCCGUAUCUAAUAUGUUGGUCACCUCAUGUCGCGAUAACAUUUGUCGAGUGUGGACAGAAACGAUACCGCCCGAUAUUGAAGGUUUAGCUAAUAUGAGUCAAUUUGAAGGCUCUGAUAGACAUGGUCAUCAUGGCAAACAUCGUCAUCAUAAUAUGCACAAACAUCGAUUUAUGCAACGGCUGAAACAUAUGAAAACAUGUUUUCAUAUUCGGCGACAUGCUAAACAGCAACAUCAGGCUGGUCAUACAGCGCCUACUUUACCAACACUUCCAUCUACUUAUUCUGUACAUGAUUUUCAUAAUAAUUAUCAAACUUCUGGUCAUUAUCCAGGAAUGCAUUUCCACUUGGCAGCCAGUAUCAACGCAGAAACUGAUAUACCGCUAGUACCAAGCCUAAUUACCGGAGAUCCCGAAAGAGAACCGAAUUUUAUUUUACAUUGGCUAAAUAACAAAGAAAUGCACUUCACCAUGCAAGCCGAAAAUAUAUUGCAGGAAUUAACCCGUAAAGUAGUGGAAAAAGAGGAAGGCUUACAGCAUCAAGAACAUGCUGAACACGUAGAACAUGAGUCUGAAGAUGAAUGUACCCCAAAAAAGGGAAUUCGCCUGCAAACGGUUCAGAAGCCAGCUGUUGGUGCCCGAUCAAUGAGUCAAGAAGAUCACAGUAGUGAUGAACAUCAUACUACGCAUACUACUUCAUCUCAUCACAGUUUGGCGCACAGUGUGCACUCUCAUCCAAGUCUCAGCAAUACAACCUCCAUUAAUUCGAUAGCGACAGAUGCAACAUCCACUAUGAAUCACGCGCCAGAUUCAUUAGAUACAAAAAUAGAAACAUUGCUACGCGAUUGGCAUCAUAAUCCAGAUCUGCUGUUCUCGAUACAUCCGAUAGACGGGAGCUUUUUGAUUUGGCAUAUUGAAUGGUUGGAUGAGUAUCAUCCUGGAUCUUUUCGACAGGCGCAAAUUUCUUUUUCCACUCGUAUUCCGAACGCAUUCCCGCUCGGUGACGCAUCAACAAUGAGCCACAAUGUAUCGAUGUAUUCUCACAAUACUGGUGGACCGUUAUUAAAUAUCCGCGAGGUCGCAAAAUCGUCGACAAAACCAAGCGAGCCUAGCGAAGUUGCGACGCCCUUACCUAGCCUCAUAGAACAAGACGAGGAGCAAUCCACUUUAACCUCGAAAGCGGGUCAAGAGUUAUUGAAAAAUAUAGAAACUACGGACGAUCAGAAUCAAACAAAAGCCGAAACUAAUGCGCUGGAGAGUAAUAAAAAUGGGCACGAAGCAGAUUUAUUGGCCCAUCCUAGUCCGAUUGUUUCCAUGGUGUCGAAGCACUCGAACGGUACUUUGAAUUUAUGGCAGUUGACGUUUGCGGAUAAAACAAAAUUUUCGCAAGUGUUAAGCAUAGGACACGCAUGUAGAGCUUCCGGACACCGCUUUCGUGUAAACGACAUCACGUGCCAUCCCGUCUUACCUUUGCUUGUGACAACUUCUCAUCAUAAUAUACCCGAAUUUUCUGGUACACAAUCGGCGGAAUCUAAUGAAAACAUUAGUGGUAAGCACGACACCUCCAAGAAUAAGGACAUCAUGUCGCCUACCGGCUUUUGCAGCGAACUAAUAUUAUGGCGAGUAGAUGCCGUGGGGCCCUUGUCGAAAAGCGGUGGAGUUUCCGAAUUAGCGCGUAUCAAUUCACCCGAGAUAUCUGCAUUCAGUAAUGUAGCUUGGAUACCGACACUAUUGCCGAGUACGACGCUGGGUAAUUUAUCCAAUUCUCCCAGUGCGUGUUUUGUGGCCAGCGACGGAGAAUGCCUGAGAGUCUAUCAGGCUGUCAUCGAUGCCAGAACAUUACUGGCGGAAGUGUCGAUUAGCGAGAGAAGAAGCCGAAUGAUGGAUUCCAUGGCCAGCCUCUCGACGGAUAUGUCGUCGGACGAUGGUAUCAGGCAUUCGAUUCACGAUAGAAUAAAAAUAGUAUCUCAACAAUCAACCGCGAGACCGGGAUGUGUUAUACAACUAGACGCUAUCGCCGAUGCUACUCACGAUUGGCAGAACACGCAGUUUCUUCACGUCUUUCAGGAGCAACUGAUCACGGGCGAGAGAAGCGACGAGAAGCAGCCCGGUGUCGACAUAUCUAGCAAUGAUCUAGGACUCAUGGAGUCCACAUUGGAUGCCAUGGUAGAUCUGCAGCAAUCGGCGAUCUUCGAGGAACCAUUCUACAUAGUAGUUCUCGAGCGAACACAACAGGGCACCACCGUGCAUAUGUGGCGAUUAGUGAUAGCAUCGCAACCGGAAACCACCGGCCUGUCGGGUUCAAUGAUGUACGUGCCAGAUUCUCACCUGGUACAAGACGAAGAUGACGAGGGCACACCCGGUAGAUUAAGUCACGCGGAAGGUAGACGAUCGCGCAGAGCCAGUCAAACCGGUGGCAGUCGAAGUCGUCGCGAGAGUCAAGCCGAUUUGGAUUCGACAUUCCUGCCUCGUCGCCAUCAGAAUAGCCAUGUUCUUAUUACUACCACGAAGGUCUGCAUGCAGGAAUUGCCUUUGCCCGACGGAGUGGAGGUGAUUCAUGCUGCACCCGCGGCAGGACACUUAAGUAGUUCCUCAAUAUAUCCUGCCUGCUUUGCGCCAUACAUCAUUGUAACGGCGUGCAGCGACAGCACCGUACGUUUUUGGAAGUGUAAGGUGACGAAGAAGCCAGACGACAAACUCGACUACGAGUGGUGCGAGUGGGAAAUGAUCAGAAAGGAUCAGGAAUCGAUUAUUGACAUCACUGGUCAACCGUUGAACAUAAGUGCGGCCUAUAGCGGACGCAUUGCAUGUGCUUAUAAGUAUGGAAAGUCGUUUACUCGUCCGACGAAGAACGAUCCGGACUCGCGCUAUGUGAAUCUCUGCGUUGCCAUAUACGAGUGCGAGAGUACAGGAGGCAGCGAAUGGAUUCUGGAGGAUACGAUUCAUCUGAAGAAUAUUCAUCUUCCGCGAAUACCAGUGGAUCAGCAUUUGGAUCUUAGUUAUUUAUACGACAGUAGAUUUUUGCAAAAGAAGAAACGGCUCACUCAGGUAUUGCAGACUCUUAGUCACGAGGAUAUAAGAUCUUCGAGAAACGGGGAAAACGGCGAUUCCACAAAGUCGAAUGCUGGACUGUUAGCGGUUCCGUCGUUUAGUACCUUGCAAUCUUUACGAAAGUCGAUCAUAGAGAACGGCAACACGUGCCCGCUCACACAAAAGCAUCUGGUGCAACUCGAUUGGGUGUCGAAAGAGGACGGUUCGCAUAUUCUAACCGUCGGUGUCGGUUCUAAGAUUAUGCUAUUUACACCAGUGUGCUCGGAUUUGGCGCAGGCUAAUAUGAAAGCGAUGAAGGAAUCCCAGAGCAAUAACAGGCCGAUAUUGCGAAAAACUUCGUCGCUGGCGCAACCACAGUUUGUCGACGAAAUUCGAUGGAUGAAAUUGCGCAAGAUUGAGUUGACAACGGCGGACGGUCUGCCGCCGUUACCUAUGCAAAUAUCUUGGGUACGGGAUGGCAUUCUGGUUGUUGGCAUGGAUUCCGAAAUGCACGUGUAUUCGCAAUGGAAGCCAAAUCCGAGGAAUGACUGUUUCCAUUCGAAUCUGCAGCAUCAGGAGUCCGACGAGUUUCAGGCAAGUCGAAAUCUACGUGACGAGGAUCUACGCACGUUGGCGAACGAGACAUCCCAGAGACGAUUGGCGAACGUGUCCUCCAUGCCACAUUUGUCACGCGUUAGCAGCAUCAAUCUAACGAUGUUAGACGCGAAGAAGAAGCGCGGUAUACAAAAUGAGAACUUGAGCUUUGAUUAUAUGCCGGAUUACGGACUGUUCGAGGCGUCGAGGAUAGCUUGUCCAGUUUUACCACAGUAUCAUCCUAAGCAGUUGAUGGAACUGUUAAAUUCGGGCAAAAUUAGAUGGGUGAAGGCUAUAUUGGCACAUCUAGUGCGAUGUAUAGGCAGUUCCUGCUCCUUGCGGGCCGACGACGAGAAUCUGGUAAAGCAGCGCAAUUGGUCGCGAUCAAGGACGAUGUCGGUGAGUUAUGUGGGUACGACGUCCCCGUUGGAACCGAGAGGUUCGACCACGCAGAUACCGGAAGAAUUGACACUGGACUACGCGGAGAUCACAUCCAUCUCACCCCUGCCGUUGUGGACUCUGUUAUUGGCUGACAAGGAAAACAAUCUGCCGCAUCAACAGAAUGAAGACAAGCACGAUUACAACGAAUUAUUCGACAGCAAUCUGGACGAGGGAGAAUCAUUGGACGAUAUGUUGGAGGAAGAUUAUGAUUGUUCGCGGCAAAAGGAUCGACGAUCCUCGGUGCCAGAGAGACAAGGGAUAUCUCACUUUGGUCCUAGACAAGGAAGAUUAUUGUCGCGUCUUCUGACCCAUACUCAUCUCCCGGGAUUAUCCAGUUUAGAUCAGAUGCAUCUGCUCGCUCUGGCGGAUACUGUGUCGACAUGUAAUGUCGACUUUGCGGAGAGAUUCGCAAUCGACGCGGCCAAAAAUGCGAUCGCCAAGGAGAAUCUAACGGGUAUUCCGGAUGGCGAAAUCAUAUCCACUGACUCACUGGAUGACUGUGGCCUCAGAUUCCUUCUGGCGAUGAAGCAUUAUAAUUAUCUAAUACGUUGCUUGCCGUUGGUACAACGAGCACAAUUUCAGAAACAGGGCGUCGCAUCGAAUAACCUCGUGUGGGCAUUUCAUUCCGAAUCAGAGGAGGAGCUACUGGGAUUGAUUCCGUCUUACGCCAAAGGUCAACCAAAAUGGUCCGUGCUGAAGGAGCUCGGCGUAGGCUGGUGGAUCAGGAGCAACACGGUGCUUAAGAAAUGCGUGGAGAAAAUAGCGAAGGCCGCUUUUCAGCUUAAUCAAGAUCCUUUAGACGCGGCUAUUUAUUACUUGGCGAAUAAGAAAAAGAAUCUAGUGUGGGGUUUAUUUAGGAACAAGCGGGACGAACGAAUGACUACCUUUUUCUCGAAUAAUUUCGCCGAAGACCGAUGGAGAAAGGCGGCACUAAAGAACGCUUUUGCUCUACUCGGAAAGCAACGAUUCGAACACGCGGCCGCGUUCUUUUUACUGGCCGGUGCAUUGAAAGACGCCAUUGACGUAUGUCUAAACAAACUAAACGAUAUUCAACUCGCGAUGGUGAUAGCCAGACUCUACGAGAACGAUACGUCAUCUCCCAAUAUGAAAAGAUUGCUAUAUGAAGAGAUUCUAGGCUGUGACAAAGAUGGACAAAAUCAGGAUAUGAGUAGAGUACAUCCGGAUCCUUUCUUGCGUAGCAUGGCUCUGUGGCUCUUGAAGGAUUACUCCGGUUCUCUCAAUACUUUACUUCUGACCAACGUUGGUCAUAUGCAUUCGCAGUAUAACGAUGAAUCUGAUAAACCAGAGGGAACGACAGCGAAUCCAAAUGUCUUCAACUUUUAUGUUUAUCUUCGUACACAUCCAUUGUUAAUUAGACAGUAUAUUGCGUCCACUGCACAAGAUAAUAAGAAAGGACAUUCAGUGGUGAUCUCAGGAUUCAGUUACGGUACAGAAACGAAGAGUCAACCAGACAAACAGCUAAUGUUGGAGGAUACCAUCACACCAUUGGAAAGGCAACUGUAUUUCACCACAGCACAUGCACAUUUCAAGGCUGGUUGUCCAGCCCUUGCUCUUGAAGUCUUGUCCAAACUACCUAAUAAAGUUAUGGAAACAAACGGUGAAGACUCUCCAAGCUUAUUAAACAGUCCAAGUAAGUCUAGAGCUCAAGAUACUCAAAUAGAUACUGGUAUCAUUAAUUGGGGAAAUGAAUCGAAUGGAGUAAGCAAUAAUAAAGAAACUGCUGCCUCUUUGGAUUGGAAUACGCCGUCGUUUGAUUGGUCCCAUAGUACCAGACGCGCAGAGGAGGAUAAAUUAGAAUUGAACUGGGACGAUGAUGAUGCGGGUGAGGGUGAAGAUGCUGAUAGCCCUCCCAUGAGCAUGAAACUUGAUAAGAAAGAGCCAGAUAACGCGUAUAACUCAGAGAUCGAUAACAAAGAUAUGCCAAAGUCAGCUGGUCAAUUAGAUAUCAUGGCGCAACAACUGAAAUUUGUAGCUUGCCUGAAAAUCUUGAUGGAGGAAUUGUCUACAUUAGCGACUGGUUUUGAAGUAGACGGAGGUCAGCUACGAUAUCAACUAUAUGUGUGGUUGGAACGAGAAGUAGACGCAUUGAGGCAGUUGUGCAGCUAUAGUACUAACGCGGACGGGGAUGUAAACAAUGUCGUAGAAUACGAGGGCGGUAUGGUUGAUGAUAUCCCGCCGUACAAACCCGGUGAGCAACCGACUUUACAUCAAAUACUAGUGGCGGAGAAGUUAGACUUUGAGGCUAAAGUACAGAGAGCUGUUAAGCGGAAGAAAUGGUUGAAAGCUAAUGAAACAUUGUUGAGAACAUUAUUAUCAUAUUGUUCGUUGCACGGUGCAUCCGGUGGCGGUCUAGCAUCGGUAAGAAUGGAAUUGGUACUUUUGCUGCAAGAAUUGCAACAGGAAAAGACUCAACAGCAAUUGCUCAGUCCCCUUCCUUUCCCCACUACGCUACCUUUAUUAAGUGCCAGCGUUGCCUGCAAUAAAACUGUUGUAGCUGAUCCAGUCCGACAUCUGCAGUCUCUCGCACAUGAUAUGCUACAAACAUUGGUAGAGCUACGAAGUCCGCCAAUGCCUAACAGAAAUACACAUUACUGCGAAGUAUUCAUUAUGAGAGAUCUAGCAGUGGCGCUUAGCGCUUGUAUCUAUCAAUCGCUUUGUGAUUCGGACACUUUCGUUAUGAAACAUCACCAGCCAGAGAGUUUCCCAGCGGUCGCGGAAGUAGAAACCUCGGGUGGUCACUUGGUAGCUUCAAAUAAGUAUCAUCGACGUUAUUCAACGGAUGACGGUGUAUGCAUAACUACCUCGCCUGCCAAGUGGCCGGGUGUGACAAAUUUACGCGCGUUGCUCGCUCGAGAAAAAGACGAGGACACUCCGAAGUUAAAUAUUUUGCUCUGCGAAGCUUUUGUGGCAACGUAUAUGAGCCUCUUCAUGUACGCUCUGUCGAGUUGCGACAGUCACAUUUUGUACAGACUGGUUGGACAACACUUUGAUAAUAACACGUGGUCUUGUCUCUUUGGCGGUGGAGUUAAAAAGCUGUUGCGUGUAGCGAGCACCACUAGUAGCCAGGGUGGUAACACGAAUAGUGUCGAGCGGACCGAUAGUGUGACGAGCGAGAUCCAAAGUACCGCCAGCGGAAUGUGGAAUACCAUGACUUCGUUAACCAAACAACGCGUCAAGCUAAAUAUGAAAUUGUUAGGACAAUUUACAGGUCAACAGCCAAAUAUGAAGGAGGAUAAACCUACAUAUAGAGAACAAUUUGUCUCGCCGCAAAUGAGCAUGAUCUCUUAUUUUCUCAUGAAGCCACGCAUAGAGAUUGAAUACGCGGAAGAAAUUGAUUAUGAUUCUUCUGAUUCCGCGGUGUCCGACUUGGAUUCUACAGACGACGAAGAAGAUGUAUUCGACACGAGUUCGAAGCCAAAGAACAAACCAAAGGAUAAUACUGAGCAUAGUAAUUCUAAUUCGUACAGUUGGAGCGUAAUGAGAUUAGCGAUAGUUAAAAUACUGCAGCAGCAAUUGCAGGACUUUUUGACCAUCGCCGGCAUAGAAAUGCAGGAAUUACCUGUAAGUAGUCCGCUAAUCCAUGGUACACUGGGCAUUGUUGCACAAUGGCAAGACUCUUUGCGCGAAGAGCUGGAACUCAGAGGCCCACCGUCAGCGACUUAUAUACCUGGAUGUGCGCCGGAUCCUUCUCCUACGCCUGGAAAACCAGCCAUUCAUAAGUAUCGAUCGUUAUUGGAGAAAGGAAAUACUCCCUUCAAUACAAAAUUGGCAUCCGCAGCGCCUACUAAUCGUCUAUGGUGUUACUUAGUUAGACAAGAAUUGGUUCAGGAUAUUUUCAUUCGCGCAGUGUUCGGGAAACGAAGAUCCCUGUCGACAAUACUUGAAAGUAACCAAUCAGUUGUUGAUAGUGUGCACCGUGGAACUGGAGAAGAUAAAGGUAGCGAUAGUGGCACUACAAGCUUGCCGGAACCAGUUAGGAUCAUUCAUAAGGAACAAGAUAGCAUCAGUGCCUUCUGUCUUAAUCAGGUAAACCCAGGUUUAAUGGCCCUUGCUACACCUCGAGAAGUGCAAGAAAUGAACAUUUCCCUACUCCUAGAACUUCCGUCGUGGCUAGAAGAUGAAUGCGAAUUCGAUAUUAUCAACUUGACUAAGCAGCCCGACCCAGAACCUGUACAGCCAACCAGCUUUUUAGUUAUACAGACAGCAGCAGAUCGUCCUUUGUUGGCACAGAGUCCUCAAACGAACAGUCCCCAGCCUCAUUCAGGUAUAGCCAGUCAGAGUGGACGUGGCGCGAGUGUGAUGAAGGGGAUGCCUGCUUUCCCUGGCUCCCACGACCUGCGUUUCUGUCAAUUUGUUGCCGAUAGGAGCAAACACUUGUUAAAGCCGAUCCUGAAGCACAAAAUUGACGGCAUUAGAAGAAUUUCUUCUCAUCCGCUCUUACCGCUAUAUUUGACCGGAUCGCAGGAUGGUUCUGUAUCUUUAUGGGAAUGGGGACAUCAGACGGCAGUCGCAACUCCGAGAGCACCCGGCACUUUUGCCAAAGUGACCCGCGUGCGAUUUUCACAACACGGCAACAAGUUCGGAGUAGCCGAUUCUGACGGCCAUCUGAGUUUGUUUCAAGUAGCAUGUCGGGAAGGAACGGCUCGACCAUUCUUUACCUAUCAGUGCCACAGCAAAGUUACUUCAGACUUUGUCUUCCUCGGCGCGUGCAGUCUCGUGGCUACCGCCGGUCAUGGUUCGGAAGGGCGGAAUGUAGCACUAUGGGACACGUUACUUCCACAAAACAAAUCUCUCGUACAAGGUUUCAUGUGUCACGAGCAGGGAGCCAGUGCGUUGAUCCUGGCGCCGCAGCAUCAAUUGCUGAUUAGCGGCGGCAAGAAAGGCGAUAUCAACAUAUUCGACGUGCGGCAACGACAACAGAGGCAUAGAUUCCAAGCGCAUGAAUCAGCUAUCAAGUGUUUAGCGCUUGAUCCGCACGAAGAAUUUUUCGUUAGCGGAGCAGGUGAUGGUGAUAUUAAGAUAUGGGGUUUGACCGUCCAUUCUCUUCUCUACUCAUUUCCUGGUGAACACCCACGGUCUAGUUUCUUCAAAAAUAUAGGGCAGGGCGUUACCCAAUUACACGUGGACUCUGCGGGUCGAUUAUUUUCAUGCGGAGCAGAUGGUUCGAUGAAAGUUCGUCAACUGCCAGAACGCGAUUGUGUAAUACAAACGCUUUAUUAGGAUUAAAAAGAUGAUGAAAGAGAGAAACGAUUACCGUGUAAGUAUAUUAUGUGAAAGAACCGAUAUUUAUUAAUUAUGCUUAUAUAUAUAUAUACACACCAUACAUAUAUACGAAAGGCGAAUCAUUAAAAAAAAUCUAUGCAAUUCAUUGAUUGCUGUUGUAUGAUACAUCUAUAUUACUUUUACAUACAAACUGUGCAAACAAUACAAUGUUAUUUUGCAUGGCUAGUAUGUUGUGUUGACGAGCUAAACGGAUGUUAUUUAUAUACAUAAUAUAUAUAUAUUGUUUUAUCGAAACUACUUUAUUA